AGAGAGCCAUUCUGUCUGUGAGGAGGAUCUUGAGUGUUUGGUGUGUCGUGGAGUGGUGAGAGAGCCCUUUGUUCGGUGCUGUAGCUGCUUUCCCAAAGUUGAUCUCUGUUUGGAGGUAAGCUUACGUUUUUCUGAGUGCUAUCAUGAACUAGAACGUAGCUCCUGUAGUCUCUUGGGUAGUGAAUAGUAACUAAACAAAAGGUAACUAUGUUUCAGCGUCUGGGAUACAAAAUAAUGGACGAUGAUUGAGACUGCAACGAAAUGUAACGUGUAGCAAAAAUUAGUCUUAAUCUGUCAAUCUCAAUUUUAACUUUUCAUUUUCUUUGUUUCUGAUUUUAUUUCCAAAUGUUUUCCGUUUUGUUUUGCUUUCUUCGAAUGAUUAAAAAAAAAAGAAAAACAAAUCCCCCCCCCCCAAAAAAAAAAAAUUAAAAAUAAAAAAUUAAAAAUUAAACGCUGGAGCAACUACUACAGAAUACAGGGCCAUAUUUUAAGGUCUUAAACAGAAGUGGCUCGGUGGCUCGCUAGUCACGACAAGUGUUUAAAGAACGAGAAAGAUAUAAGACAUAUAAGUAUAAGACAGACAUAGAAGGCAUAUACUUUAGUAUGUAUUAUAGCAGAUUAUAGGUAUAUAUUUUAGUGGCUCGGCGGCUCGGUGGCUCUUCAGUCGAGGUUAUAUAGUUUAGUGGCUCGACGGCUCGGUGGCUCGUUAGUCGGGACUACCGAGCCACCGAGCCACCCCAACGAAUAUACCUAGAAAAUUUGCCCUGUAUUCUGUAGUUAAGCCUAAAUGCUUAAUGUACCGGUAAUAUGCCAUAGAACAAUAAAGGCUUUGUUAUGUUUCCGUCAGUUCUAGCAUGCUUCCAUCCCUUGUCGAUACAGGGCCCAGGGGUGGGCGUUAGCAAAUUAAGUAUGACCCACUAGCCAACCCUAGGGCCACCCGUGGGUAUUUACACACCUGUGAUUAUUGAGUCAUUUAUCAAAUCCAAACAUAUGGUGUUUAUAAACAUGGAAGAUGUUACUGAAGGCAGAUUGGCUUGUCCUUCAAGAUUUUGAAAAAACUGUAUAGGGUUUUUUCAAAGGCAUGUGGUUUUAUAUAUUAGGCUGAUUUAGCAACAGAAUGGGAAAGUCAGUUGAUGACAGGAAAGCACCCACAAAGGACUGAAUGUGACUUCCAGUGCCCAACUUGCUGCGCUGCCAUUGGUCAAGCUAGUUGUCUGAUUUUUGCCCGCCGUCUUCAACUGAAGUUCCUGUUCUGUUGCUAAAUCAGCCUAUUGUUGCUUGGCGUUAGCGUGGGGAUUGAGGAGGAUGAGUGAAUGGAAUUGACUGAUGCAUUAGCUGUUUGUUUUCUAUAGGAAUGCUUUUGUUUUGCAGGUAUAUGAUAAGUUAGUCUGAAUAAUUUACAUUAAUGUGUAAAUGGGCUUUAUGUAGCUUCAAUUACGGAUUCCUGAAAUCCUGUUGAUGAAGAAAUACUAUUAUGAAAAAUAAUUUUUUCAAUAGCAUUUCUUCAGGAACAGGAUUUCAAUCUGCCUUUCAUUGAGCCAACAGUACAUGUGUAUAAUGAUAAUAAUCAUUAUUUUUUAAAGUGUUUCUCAAGGGGAGCUGAGAACAAGGAGCAUCGGAGUGACCAUAGCUAUGAAAUAAUUGUAAGUUUGUUAGAUCCUUAAGUCUGCUUUCAUCAUUAGAUGUUCAUUGUAGAAGCCAUAAACAGAUUGUAGUCACCCUGAUUAGUGUUUAAACUGCUGGUUGCUUAAACCACUUCCACUUUCACUACUGAGUAAAUGCUGCUGCUUGAGUUAAGAGGGACCUUACGAAACUACGACGGCGACAGCAGGGAAAAACAUCAAAAAAGCAAUAGGUGUAAUGAGCAAAACAACAACUCUGCACGUGCAUCACGCUUGUUGUACAUUUCUUUGCUGUCCCUGCAUAACUACGACGUGAAAUGACCAAAUUUUAAUUUUACUUGAGAAUGGGAAUGGCAGGGCAAUAAAUUCUACCAUCUCUCUCUGAAUUUGGGAGCUGUUCCCUCUCUUCAGCUCCAACCAAAAUUCCCUUCUUUUAAGUAAGAGGGUGAAUCGGGAUAAUCUCGAAAAAGUUUAAAAGGAUGCAAAGUCUAUUUGUUAGCGACGUUUUCAAGGACGUCGCCGUUGUCAGAUUGUAAGGUCCCUAAUAUAACCUCUGCAACUCAUUGCUGUAACUAUCACUUUCACCACAGGAUGAUAGUGCAUUUGUAAAACCCACAUGUAAGAACAUAGUGGUUUAAGAACCUACUUUUAGGAAUUUUCCCUUUUAAUAACAACCUGUUUAGCCAAGCAAUUUCUAGCAGGUUCUUAUAUUUGGGCUACAGUUAUUAUGACGAGCAUAUGAACCAAGGAGUUUCACUUUGAGAUUGUUCAUAGUUCAAGUUUGAAUGUGAGGUUCUGCAGAGUUCCAUAUUUGAGUGUGCAUUCGAGGGUUGUCCAAUACUCACAAAUAGACUCCAUUGGUGUUAGUGGUGAUAAGAAGGGUCUCCAUUGGUACCAAUGGUACGAUUGGUACCAAUAGAAAAGCAUCCUAUUCCAAUAGUUCUAUUGGUGAAUAUGCAUCUUAUUAAGGAGACUUAGAUUAUUUUCUCAUGUGGUCUAGCUGGGUACAGGGCAAUUCCAAUGGUCCAUUGGUACCAGUGGUACGAUUGGUACCAAUGGAAAAGCACCCUAUUCCAAUAGUUCUGUUGGUGAAUAUGCAUCUCAUUAAGGAGACUUAGAUUAUUUUCUCACGUGGUCUAGUUGAGUACAGGGCAAUUCCAAUGGUCCAUUGGUACCAAUGGUACGAUUGGUACCAAUGGAAAAGCACCCUAUUCCAAUGGUUCUGUUGGUGAAUAUGCAUCUCAUUAAGGAGACUUAGAUUAUUUUCUCACGUGGUCUAGUUGAGUACAGGGCAAUUCCAAUGGUCCAUUGGUACCAAUGGUACGAUUGGUACCAAUAGAAAAGCACCCUAUUCCAAUGGUUCUAUUGGUGAAUAUGCAUCUCAUUAAGAGAGUUAGAUUAUUUUCUCAUGUGGUCUAGCUGGAUACAGGGCAAUUCCAAUGGUCCAUUGGUACCAAUGGUACGAUUGGUACCAAUGGAAAAGCACCCUAUUCCAAUGGAUCUGUUGGUGAAUAUGCAUCUCAUAAAGGAGACUUAGAUUAUUUUCUCAUGUGGUCUAGCUGGGUACAGGGCAAUUUUAAUGGUCCAUUGGUACCAAUGGUACGAUUGGUACAAAUAGAAAAGCACCAUAUUCCAAUAGUUCUAUUGGUGAAUAUGCUUCUCAUUAAGGGGACUUAGAUUAUUUUCUCAUGUGGUCUGGCUGGGUACAGGGCAAUUCCAAUGGUCCAUUGGUGCCAAUGGUACGAUUGGUACCAAUAGAAAAGCACCCUAUUCCAAUGGUUCUAUUGGUGAAUAUGCAUCUCAUUAAGGGGACUUAGAUUAUUUUCUCAUGUGGUCUAGCUGGGUACAGGGCAAUUCCAAUGGUCCAUUGGUACCAAUGGUACGAUUGGUACCAAUAGAAAAGCACCCUAUUCCAAUAGUUCUAUUGGUGAAUAUGCAUCUCAUUAAGGGGACUUAGAUUAUUUUCUCAUGUUGUCUGGCUGGGUACAGGGCAAUUCCAAUGGUCCAUUGGUACCAAUGGAAAAGCACCCUAUUCCAAUGGUUCUAUUGGUGAAUAUGCAUCUCAUUAAGGGGACUUAGAUUAUUUUCUCAUGUGGUCUGGCUGGGUACAGGGCAAUUCCAAUGGUCCAUUGGUACCAAUGGUACGAUUGGUACCAAUGGAAAAGCACCCUAUUCCAAUGGUUCUAUUGGUGAAUAUGCAUCUCAUUAAGGGGACUUAGAUUAUUUCCUCAUGAGGUCUGGCUGGGUACAGGGCAAUUCCAAUGGUCCAUUGGUACCAAUGGUACGAUUGGUACCAAUGGAAAAGCACCCUAUUCCAAUGGUUCUAUUGGUGAAUAUGCAUCUCAUUAAGGGGACUUAGAUUAUUUUCUCAUUGUUUCUAGUUGGGUACAGGGCAAUUACAAUGGUCCAUUGGUACCAAUGGUUCGAUUGGUACCAAUAGAAAAGCACCUUAUUCCAAUGAUUCUAUUGGUGAAUAUGCAUCUCAUUAAGAGAGUUAGAUUAUUUUCUCAUGUGGUCUGGCUGGGUAAAGGGCAAUUCCAAUUGUCCAUUGGUAGGAAUGGAACGAUUGGUACCAAUAGAAAAUGAUGUCAUUCCAGUGGUUCUAUUGGUGAAUAUGCACCAUUAUAAAAUAAAAAUCUCCGUCGAUUCACAUGUUUAUGAGUGAUAAGGAGACAUUCAAACUUCUGCUGUUUUUCCACGGCAACGGGUGGAAUCCUGAAACCAUCGGUAGAUGGAUUCUUCUAGCUCAGUCCUGGGCCUCAUCGCAAGCUACAGCCGAGAAAAGAGCACUACAAAUACAAUUUGUCAACGACAACGUUGACAUUAAAUACAUCAAUGGUUUUACUACGACGUUGAUUAUAGCAAACUGGUGUACCUCAAUGGGUUACCAUGACAAACCCCACGUCAACAGUCAAAAGUGACUCAGUCACUUGAAUAUAGAACGGCUCUCUUAGGAGCCACCAAAUACAAUACAAAGUCAUAACCAACAGCAUGAUAUAACCACCCUUUUCGGAAACUCUUCAUUGAAAACUUGUUUUGGUUUAAACGCUUCCAUGUAGAUAAUGAAAUUGCGCUAAGAAAUUUCAGAAGUUAAUUUCACAGUGAGUUGAGUACAGUUGUUAAAACCUGUUGCCUCAAUACCACUUUGCUAGUUUCGCGCCUUUCCGCGUUGUUUCGGGUUCUUUUAACGAGUAAGAAUUCCCAAAAAAUAGUGCUUGCGUACAGGAAAGAAGACAUUCAUAUGUCAUGUCGUUGUUUGCUCAUGAAUCACAAUAAACAGAACGAACACGACAGUGACACGUUACCUUUCAAUUUUAAUGUUCGUACGAUGUUUGUUAUACUCGCAGCACCUUGAGAUAUUAUUAGCGUUAGAUAUAUAGGUCGCCCUCGCUUUGUAACUAUUAGCGCGUUUCUACUUUGUGUGAAAGCGAACUUGUUUUGCGUGGUUAGCCAAUAGAACGAGGAAUAUUCAUAAGAAUUAUGGCGCGUUUUUAAUUGGUGUAACAGCGAACUUGUUGUGCGUGGUUGGCUUAUAGAACGAGGAAUAUUCCUAAUAAUUAUUAGCGCGUUUUUACUUAGUGUAAAAGGCAACUCGUUUUGUGUGGUUGGCUUAUAGAACGAGGAAUAUUCAUAAUAAUUAUUAGUGCGUUUUUACUUGGUGUAAAAGCGAACUUGUUUUGCAUGGUUGGCUUAUAGAACGAGGAAUAUUCAUAAGAAUUAUAGCGCGUUUUUACUUGGUGUAAAAGCGAACUUGUUUUGCGUGGUUGGCUUAUAGAACGAGGAAUAUUCAUAAUAAUUAUUAGCGCGUUUUUACUUGGUGUAAAAGCGAACUUGUUUUGCGUGGUUGGCUGAUAGAACGAGGAAUAUUCAUAAUAAUUAUUAGCGCGUUUUUACUUGGUGUAAAAGCGAACUUGUUUUGCGUGGUUGGCUGAUAGAACGAGGAAUAUUCAUAAUAAUUAUUAGCGCGUUUUUACUUGGUGUAAAAGCGAACUUGUUUUGCAUGGUUGGCUGAUAGAACGAGGAAUAUUCAUAAUAAUUAUUAGCGCGUUUUUACUUGGUGUAAAAGCGAACUUGUUUUGCGUGGUUGGCUGAUAGAACGAGGAAUAUUCAUAAUAAUUAUUAGCGCGUUUUUACUUGGUGUAAAAGCGAACUCGUUCUGCGCGGUUGUCUUAUAGAACGAGGAAUAUUCAUUAUUAUUAGCACGUUUUUACUUGGUGUAAAAGCGAACUUGUUUUGCAUGGUUGGCUUAUAGAACGAGGAAUAUUCAUAAGAAUCAUAGCGCGCUUUUACUUGGUGUAAAAGCGAACUUGUUUUGCGUGAUUGGGAUAUAGAACGAGGAAUAUUCAUAAGAAUUAUAGCGCGCUUUUACUUGAUGUAAAAGCGAACUUGUUUUGCGUGGUUUUCUUAUAGAACGAGGAACGUUCAUAAUAAUUAUUAGCGCGUUUUCACUUGGUGAACUUGUUUUGCACCAAUAGAACCAUUGGAAUGGCAUCAUUUUCCAUUGGUACCAAUCGCACCAUUGGUACCAAUGGACCAUCGGAAUUGCCCUGUACCCAGCCAGGUUACAUGGGAAAAUAAUCUAAGUCCCCUUAAUGAGAUGCAUAUUCACCAAUAGAACCAUUGGAAUAGGGUGCUUUUCCAUUGGUACCAAUCGUACCAUUGGUACCAAUGGACCAUCAGUUUGACGAAUCGUAUCCGUUUGUGUAUAUUGGACAUGUGUGGUGCAUUCCUCAGUUUGAGUCUGCGUUAGUGCAAAAAUUUGGCUGGCAACUCAGUUUUCAUCAAUAAAACUCUGGACAAUGUAAAUUACUUACCAAGCUGGCCAUCUGAAAAUUCAUACGUGUUAGCUCUUAUGUUCUUGUUUGUUUUGCUAUCUGUUUAGAGUAACAAUUUUUCAGUUUUGGAAAAGAGCUGGAAUGCACAAGAAGAAAUUGACCUUUUGGAUGGGAUCUCUUAUUGUGGCUUUCAAAACUGGUUAGAUUUUAGACUUACCUAUAAUACUUAAUAAGGUGGAUUUAUUUGCAUGUAUGCCCUGUUCCAUUUGCCCAAUGGAAUUUUUCAUUGUUUCUAAGCAGAAAAUGCCAUGAGGGAAGUGUGAGGCUAUAUUUACACAUAGCCAUUUGCAAAUGAAUCCACUGUUAGACAAUCACAGUUGGGUCACGUAGAUAUAUUUUUUAGCAACUACUAUAAUUUAUAGUCUGUCUACUUUGAAUAGAUGAAACUAAGUCCAAUGGGAAUAUGAACAGUACUUUUUGGUUUGGCAUGUUUGUCAAAAUUUAAUUACUGAACAUUUUACCGAGCCCUUAGAGAAGAUACACAUGUUGUUUAGUUAAGUAUUUAAAAAAAAAAACAUUGUCUUUUCCACAUGUCCCUCAAAACACAUUCCUUCUUGAAAAAGUAAAGUGGAAGUGAAGAAAAUGAAGUAAAAUUUUUUAAAUUUCCAACUGGAUUCCUAACUAUCAACAAUUUUAACUGUGCUCUGCACUAUUCACAAACAGGUAUGUUUUUAUGGGCUGAUAGUUGGGAAUUUCCCUAGGCUACUAUGAUAUUGACCCCUGGCUACUUUCAUAGCACAAUAAAAGAAAAAUACAACCAAAAGAUAUCCGUAGCUGUUUGAUUAAACUCGGCAUACUUCUUUUAUUUACCCAGCAGCAUGAAAUCUUGGUGACAGUCCCACCCAAACUUAUAAGUUUUUAGACAGUCCUUAAGAACUAAAAUCCAGAAAAAUCACCAACAUUGUUUUGUCAAAAAGAACAACAUUGAAUAAUGCAUGCAAUGAGACUUUAUACAAGCAUGUGAAGAUUGUAUGGUUUGUUAGUAAGACACGUGUAUGCUGUACUCAUUUAUCAUUAUGACUAAGAGAACAGUCUUUUUUCUUUCACUAUUGAUGAGUGGAAAAGUAGACUCUGUUUGUAGAGACAAGCAAGGGUCCAGGGAGAAUGGUUCCUGUCCAAAGUCAGAGAGAAAUGUGCAAAGGACAGCUGUGUGCAUGAGAUGAUGAAAAUGAAUUAAUGAUAUCAUCUCUGGGUUGCAGGUUUAUUUUUGGGUGGGACAAUCAAAAAGUGAAACAGAGGCCUCCAUUGGCAUGGGGCCAUCAAUGAACCGCCGAUAUCUGGCGGUAAACAAAUUAUAUGCUGUUUAAGUGAAUUGUGGAGUUGUUGUCAUAAUAAGGAUUGUUCCAAGUAGGCCAUUUACCAACGAUGACAUUUGACAACAACUACCACAAUUCAUUUUGUCUUUGCUUCCUCUUUUUAAUUUUUCAAUCCUCCAGAGGUUUAAAAAACAUUAGCCUUAAAUUGCACAAGAAAACAUUCAGAAUUAACAUUUCUUGUAUUUCUUUGACUUUGUAUCAACAAUGUUAGGAAAGAGGUUUCAAAACAAGUUCAAAGUAAAACAGAACAAGGUCAGACUUUAAUUUUUCUGUAUUGAAUAGAGGUAUGUGAUGUGGUUUUUACAGAAAAAAAUUGUCAAGAUUUUCUGUUUUGUCUUUCAGAGUGUGAACAACACUACCUAGAAUGUUAUAUUAAUGAUCCUUGCAAAGCUCUUCAGAUACCAGGUACAAUAUUUACCACGGUGACUCUUACAUGGAAGUUUUCACCUGGAAAAAAUGUUUUAAUACCAAAUUUGAAUGCAGGAGGAACGUUGUCAGUGAUUACAGAUAUUUACAUAGUCCAGUUUCCCCCGCCACCCCUCUCUCUGUUGCAGUAUUUUUUAAUUCAAUGUUUCUAGAUUGCCCAUUACCAAUUUUUUUAAAACUCGUUGAAAUGUUAAUUUUUUUUCAGUGUGACAAGCCAUAAGUUAAGUUUGAACAUAAACUGAUUUGCCACAAAUAUUGAUAGAAAAAAAUCUUGUAGACAGUAGUGUGUGAAAGCCUAAUGGGCUUCCUCUUUUGAAGUUAAUAUUUUUUAAUGAAUUUCUGAUGUAAUGAUCAGUCUCUUAGUGGCAGUAAACAACAAUGUGUGAAGUUUAGAGAUUUCAUCUUACUGUAGAGAGUGUUUUGUAUUAAAAAAUAAGAAUCAGGCAAAAGCAAAUUAAGAGGAAGAAAAGAAAGGUUGAUGAUGAGAGUCUCAAUUGAGAUGUGAGAAAGAGGAUACAUGUACGUGAAAGAUAUUAUUAUAUUAAUAUAGUGCAUGAAAAUACACAACCCAAAAAGCUGUGAAUGUUGCCUCCUCUCCAGCAAGCAAGAAGGAUAUCCUUGCUGAUUCAACUAAGCUUCUUUAUUGUUGUAUUUUAGAACUAAGACCAGUCCCUGUGUGUGACCCACCACCAUCUACUGCUGCAAUGCCAUUUAAAGGUACAGGAAGAGAAUUAUAACUAUUUUAACUGCAGAUACUUAUGAUUUACUGAAUAAAUGAUAGUUUUCCUUUCUUGGGGAGGCAGAGGCAGGCAAUUGGGAUGAGAUACUUUCGGCAAAAUUCUAGCAAAGAUUACAAGAGGUACUUUAGAAUCCCCCUUGGGAGUAAGUCCCAUAACUGAAGUAGUUAUAGAGGUGUUAAAUUUCCCGCUUUUGAUUAGUAUGGUAACAGUUAUUUUUUAUAUUAGUAACUUGAAAUACAGGCUAGCUUACUGCGUAGUUAUGUAUAACUGUAAUGAGGCAAAAAAUGUUAAAAACAAACAAAAGGUCACUAUACUGAUCUAGCCAAAGUUUAUGUGACAUUUUGUUUGAUAUUGUGCUCAGUGGUCAUCUAGGCAGUUUAGAGCAGCUAAGGAGGUGAAAAAUCAAUGGAUUAUUUUUUCGGGAAGUCAUUGUUAGGAACACUCAGUACAAGAAUAUUAUAAUAAUAUUGAUAAUAUUAAACUCCUCACCAAUAUUGAUGAUCUUGGGAACUUGCGCCUUGAGUUAAACUAUUAGUGGGUAGGGCUUAAGACAACUCAGGCAUAGCAGGAAGGUAUCCAUAGCAACCCUGUAAGUGGGAACAAUCCCUGCAGCAGCCACUAAUAAGAACUGUCAAACUGUAACCUGAUGCCGAGGAAAAGUCUUAACUGACUUGGUAAUUACCUUUAAGAACAGACCAACCUUGGAACAGGGAGGUUGGGGGACAAAAGGAAGAAGGAAAAGCAAAGGAAUUAGGUAACAAACCCUGCCAACCUAAAAGGCACCCCUACAGGAAAUGUGCCUUGGAGGGUGAAGUCACUGGCCACAUUUGUGCACGAUUAACCUUGCCUAAAAUAGAUUUAGCCUUAUUUCGAUCACAUUUAGUAUUACACUGUGGUUUUGUAAAAUUUUGCAGCAUCAGAAGAUCCUCCUCGUCCCCCAAUGGAUUCCACCCGAAGCUUUGAUAUGUCUGGAUACAUGCCAUGCAGAGGAGACUUUGAUGUGGUAUUGCUUAUUAUUACUUGCUUGUUUUGUUUUUGCCAUUUGCUGUGUUUGUAAACUUGGUAAAUUUCAGAUUACUUGUCCUAAAGUGAAGAUAGCUAGUACUGGUAAUUACUAGUUGGAGAUAAUUUUCUCGCUGGUUCCCCGUCUUGUUUCCUCGUUUGACUUCAUAUUCAUAUUGUAGAAGAAACUUGAUGAUGAUGGAAAACACUCCAAAUUAUGAGCCCUCUAAUCCUCAAAAAAGUCUUGUGUCUUCUCCAAAAAUUGGAUAUGGCAGAGUCAAAACAUGUAUCACCAUAGAUGUAUUUGUUGUUGUGGCGUCAAGCCCACAAAUAGUACAAAAGUUUUGUUUACCGCUGAUCAGAUGUCUUGUAACUUUUGAAACUGCAGUGAUAGAGAGAACUUGAAAAACAAAAACAAAAACAAAAACAAAAAGGGGAAAAGUUUCCCUUUUUCAAUAUAAUGCUGGUUACAUUCCAGAAAGUACAUGUAGUAUUUGUCUUUGUUUUUAGUUUUACCUUUAUUUUUGUUGAGAUAAUUAGGUCCCUUCUUUUGUCCAAUGACAUCAGCAUGACUGUGCUUUUAUUCUCGUCCUACAGGAGUAUGAUAACUAUGCAGAGGUAGACAUAAAGGAGAUUGAAUUUGAUCCCAUGGACUCUCAUCUUCUUCAAGGUAUUAUGGUAGAGAAAUCAAGAUGCUUCCCCCCUAGGGAAAUCCAUGGAAUUUGAAAAGUUACAUGGAGAGGGGGUGUAGAUUUGACAACAGUUUUUGUUUUUGGAGUUGGUGAAUGGACACUAUGUACAGGGCUGUCAUGGGGGAUUUUCCUCCAGCGACUACAAGCAUGUCUCGUGGCUAGUUUCAGAUGAAACAAAGAGAAUAUAUUGCUAAAAGAACUUCCUACCUACUAAUUGCAUUUUCUCAGCAACUUUAAAUCUUAGUGACAGCCCACCAUACGGAAAGGGAAAGGAAUUUUAACAUAAUUUCUUGAAAUAAACAGUGUUUACUAUAAUGCCUCGGGGAAAUGACUGCGGAAAGAGGAAUUUAAUGGGAAAUUGUGUCCUUCCUUAUUAUGGCCAAAGAAAAAAGCCUGUAAGAGCUAUUCAAUAUAUUUUAAAGUAGAUUAAUGUUUUUCUUAUGUAAACUAAUCAUUAUUUGUAAAAAUUUCUGGCCAUUUUUCUUUCCCAUGUAUCUCCCAUGCAUUAAGGAGCAUUUCAACGUCAACUCUGUUUUAAGAUGGGAAAUUUUAACACCAUUUUUGGCCUGGGGUCGGAAUUUCAACAUUUCCUAUUUACCGCAGAUAUUUUAAAUGACCAAGAAAUAUUUUGAAGUUUCAAGUUGACCUGUUCAUUUUAGUUCAUCUAUAUAUUCUGCUUGAUUCUGAUCUUUGCCUCUUUCUUUGCAGAGCUUAAAAUUGCUGCUAUUGAAAUAUACUUGUCUCGGCUGCAACAGAGAUUUCUGAGAAAACGGUAAGUGGCUUCUUUUGUAGUGAAUAAGUGUCAAGCCUACUCUGGGUGCUGGGGACUUUUCAAGCGCAGUUUCUGGUUUCGGUCAAGUCUUUAUCGUGACACGCACGAAAAGCCUCUGGAAUAGAGUGCUAUUGCUCUGAUAGCACCCAGCCAAUCGUAAGCACGGUUAGAUCGGUUUGAUCCAGUUUUUGGACAAGACGGCUAAUUGGCUCCUAAGGAUGCGAGGAAAAAACCUCUGGUACCCAGGGUAUGUACAGCCUGUUAAUUCCUUCACUCCAAUAGCCAACUUGGGUACUUACUAUUAGUAUUUAUUCGCGGCAAUCAAACAUUCAGGGCUCAAAUUAAACUUUUGGCGAGGUAAGCUGAUUUGUUAAAGCUAUUUUGAUUGAGAUUCUCAAUUGGCUGACUGUCGGGAAAAGUAAUAUUAGCACCUUAUCACUAAAUUUCUCAUCCACGAUGGUUUGCCCAAGAAAGCGCAAGAAACAUUAGGGUUGUAGCCCGACUUGACACAUUACUAAUAUUCUUGCGUUUUUUUUUUACAAGAUUUAUUGUACGGUGUUAAAUUUGUGUUUUAUACAUUCUUUGGGUUUGUACGGUGUUUCUAUGUUUUUAAGUUUCUCUGUAUGUCACUUCCUUCACAUGAACUAAGUCUUGUUCGUCUGUACAUGUACGUUACUUCACUCAUAGGACGUUAGUCUUGCCUCAUUGCAAGAAGAAACAGGAAGACCGCGUACAUCGUAUCUACAGUAUGUUCUUCUCCUCAGUCCUGGGAGAUAUUCAGUGAAGGGAUGCUGCAACUACGCCGUAUUAUUCCCCUUGCUCACGAAUGCUGCAGUUAAGGGAACUUUUGUCGAAUUGUCUCUGAACGUUUUUCUGUACCUUAGUUCAGUCGUAAGGUGUUAAUCUUGUCUUAAUUUUUACGUUUUUCUAUGCGGCAGAGUUUAUGAGUUAUUUACCAGAACAUUAGUUGUUUUUAGGAAUUAAAUGUUGUCUUCCCUGUAGGCUAAAUACUAAAGCGAAAGACUCAAAUGACUAAACUGUCCCUGGUGACCUAACUGACCGAUGUCGGGUCAGCAUAAACUAUCAGCAAAACAUACAAUGAACCAGCGCCUACUACACUGGAAAUACAACUUUUCACAAAAUGAAAAGGUCUCAAUGACCCUACUAACCAAUAUCACUAAUUAAAAAUGAGCCAGCUGCUUAUGUUUCAGAACUGAACUGCAUGUUCCAUCUCACUUGACUGACCCACCCAUCGAACUUACAUAACUGACUUUAGUGUCUCAAUUGGCCUAUAUCUCCUUUCAAUUUGUUCCAACUCAUCCAGUUGACUGAAAUGACCCCAUAUGUCCCAUCUGAGCGUACUGACCCAUAUAAAGACUACCCCAUGCAUUGUGUCCUACUUAAUAAGCCACCCCAACGUAGCCAUUUGCCACAGCUGACACAACAAACCUACAUGCCUGAACUGCGCAUAUAGAGCUGACUAACUUGUCCGAAAUGUGCACCCAGCAUACCUCUCCGAUAAAACUGCCUUGUACGUCAUAAACGCGCACAUUUUUUGACUGACCCAUUUGCUCAAAAUGGACUCAAAUGGAGUCACAAUCCCAACCAGAGGCCGCCUAAGCUCGGUACAUAAAUUACCGUGAGUUUCGAUACUGUUUUGCAUAUUACGAACGAUUUAAAGACUUUGUAUCGAUACUCGCGAUAAUUUAUGCACCGAGCUUGGGCCGCCUGUGUCCUAACUGAUCCAUCUUCCCCAGCUGACUUGACCAACAUUACUGAUUCACGUCCGAAACGAAUCGACUGAUCAAUGUAGACCAAAUCAUUGGUUGAAUCUUCAUUCAGUUUAUGACGUUAUUUAAGAAUUGGUGUAUGGUGUUCUCUCAAAAAGGCAUGGGAUAACCCGAGCUUUGUUCAAUCUCUCAGCAGAAUUGUACGGAGAUAUGGACUCAUAAACAUACAGAAAUGGCAAAGUAUGUUCUGUUUGCUUGUACAAGUUGUAUUACACAAUGUGUUCUUUAGGAGUGUCCAGUUGUUUGUAAUAACACGGAGUCUAAAUCCCAUCUUGUUCCCUGUGAAUUUUAGUGUUAGAGAGGAGACAAUCAAAAGCAGAAAGGUAUGAUUUUUCUCUUUGUUUUGUUUUCCCGCGUUAGAGAAAUGCGACCUUACCCUGUCCUUGGAUGUGAGGUGUGACAGAUCUUCUCCCUUCUUCAAGAAGGAAAGAAGAAAGACAGCAAUUUCAGUUAUUUAUCCAUAGUUAUGAGACUGUCAUUUUCCACUCAAAGAAACAACAUGACCAGUAAUUCUACCUGAGACUCUUUGAGAUUAGCUAUAUCUUGUGGUACCAGUCAGUGGUGGGAAAAAUAUCCUGUUGGCAACAUGCAUUUCCCUGAUGCACGCAACACUUGCUCUUAUAACGCUUAGUUGUUAUAACUGGUUUAACUGCUUGAGCUUUAAAUCACUUUGUGUUCCAUUCCAUACUGAUGAUGAUGAUGUUCUGGCUAGUACUUCUCAGUGAUUGGUCCUGCCACGAGGGAAACUUGCUUCAACCAAUCAGAAGCACUACCCAGAUCUUGGUAGUGACAUGUCAUCGGUAUGGAAUUUCUGCGCUCAUUUCUCAGAAGUCGUUUUGCGGCAAAAACAGUGGUGUCGUCUCAGCUGUUUUGUCAGGCUUGUUAUUCAAGUUUAAUGCCUGAGGAUCCGUUUUUGGUUUUAACACAGGGAUCUGCGUGAGAGCCUUAGGCCCUUUUGUCGUCUCCUCUCACCUGAACAACAUGAAAUGUUUGUGCAAGGAUUGCUGAGUAAGUAAUACGUGCAGUGUUUUAAAGUUUUCUUUUCGUUUUCUUUUUGGAAACACGGGUAAACCGCUAUGUAUAUUUUGUACAUGUAUACUGUAAACCCUCUAUUAAGUGCCCCCCCCACCCCGCCCUCUCUAAUAAGGCACUCUUCUCCUCCUUGCUAAUUGUUCACAGCCAAAUUAAUAAAUGAUAGACGGUAUUAAUUAAUCAGGACUGCAACACUUCAUGUACACUGAUCCGGUAUGGUUUAUUUACCUGCUGAAAGUCUGGAUUCCUUUUUUUUUUUUAUCUUCGGCUGUAUGACCUCAAACUUCAAAUGGUUUAGAUUUUCCACUCUGCCAUCUAGUUUUUUUAUGGAGAAUUGGUGCUAUCUCCUGGUUGUUUGAAAAAGCAGCAUAGUGACCCGUUUCGCUAAAUUUAAUAAGGGCUGGUCGUUUUUUACCUGUGCGAGCUACGCAGGAUAAUAUUCUCGCUACAAAUAAUGCCGAAGUUCCUAGCUAAGUCGAAGGCUUUUUGUUCGUAGUAGUCUUAGCUUUCCCGCAAAUCAAUAUUACCUAUACUGCUCUCUUAAAAACAGAUUGCUUUGUACUACUUUCAUGAAAUUCAUUAAAUCACCAGGCAUGUAAUGCUCCCUUAUCUGAAAGCGACCCCCCAAAACCAAGCAAGAUUUUGAAAAUGACCCCCAGCAAAAUGACCGGUCCCCGCCCCACCUUUACAGGUAAAAAAAGACCAGCCCCUAACCCCCCUCUCAAAAAGGCCCCCCUUCCCUCAAGCGUGCUUCAAAUAAGUGAGCCCCCUGGGGAAGAUUUAAUUUACAGUAAAUGACUGAACAUUUAAGGUUUUAAAAUUGUUUAUAGUGGAAAAAUUCCUCAAGAGACAAGUCACUAGUUUACAAGAAUACAGAUCGGCAGGAAUUUGUACGAGAAAAGGUUUGUCUCUUGAAUAGUGAAAUAAUUAAACAAUGAAGUGUAGAGAUUGCUUGUAAAUCUUUAUUACAGCUAAGAGACCUUUGAAAAAUCUUCAGAUUGUUAAGAAAAAUACCUCCCUUACAGAUACUCAAUCUUAAUCAUAACUAUAACAAAAUUCUCAAAUCUGAUUGGCUAUCAACUGCCCUGAUUUCAGCACUAAUAGGACAGUGUAAUAGGACAGUACGCGUCAUGCCCAAGUUAUUAGAGAUGGCUUUUUUAUUUCUCUACUAGCAAAAAAACUCUCGGAAUGACUCUUUUUUUAUUUAAAAAAGCAUAAAAUAUUAUAAGUUUUGUUAUAGUUAUGAUUAAUUGGUAUCAGAACUUCGUGUCGUCCAAUUCGGUCUGUAAUCUGGGUGAGGCACCAGAAAGCAACUGGCUAAAAUGAACAUUGAUGGUCUUAGUGUCGGUGAGAGCAUUAUAGCUCCCGUAACUUCAGUUAGGAACUUGGGAUCAUGGUUUGAUCAGAACCUGAGUAUGAUACCGCACAUUAAUAAGAUAUGUAAUGUAGUGAGGGUAACGCUUGACUGUUACAACAGGAACUGAUAACUGAUUGUUUUCUUAAUUCUCAUUUUAGGAGCAGAGGUUUAUGAGCGAUUGAACAAACAUCGUGAAGACGACAAAACACGGAGAAAAAUGUUGGAUGACGCUCUUGUUCACAUUCAGGUAAUACCAGCGACGGCGCCGGAACCAUGGGAGUUUGAGAAUUUGAUCUAACAUGAUCUAACAUCAGCUGUCUUACUUUAUGAAUAUGUCUCUUACAGGACGAGAAAGCUUGUCAAGCAUGGCUACACAGACAGGCUCUGAUGUAAGUCACACAUAAAUUAAGGGUUCAGUUAGGGGGUGAAAUACAAAGAUUUAGUUUUAUCAACUUGCCAUGGUGGGAUCAAAGAGUCUCUUACCCAGUCGCUCAUAGUCUCGAAACGUUACGCUCCCUUGGAAAGGAGCGUUGCGUGACAAAACAUACAAGGUCCUUGAUGGAGACUAGGAUAAAGAAGCUGGCGUUAAAAAGCGCUUCCUCUUCGUUAGAGAGAAUCAGAGGUUUGUAGGUCGAGUGCGGUUUAUACCGCCGGAUUUUGAAGCUUUGUCAUUAGUGGGAACAUGGUAACGUGAAAAUGUCUAAUGUAGUCACUGGAUUAACUCUCAUAGUCUUUCGGGUAACUAUCCUCGGACGAAACAAGUAUGCUAGCGAUGCAUUGAGAUGUUUCCGACACGUUUGUAAAUGUUGUCUAGUAUUUUUUUUUCUGGGUUACCAGUCAGAAUGUAAGGGUCACGUAAUCAAGCUGGCAGGUGAAUGCAAAGGAAUACCCUUUUAUCUCAAUCAGAUCGUUAAGUCUCCGUAAUAAAUCAUAAAAGGCGUUGUUAGAGUACGCAAUUUUCCCUUCUGUUUUAAUGGAUUUGCAUCAAAUAGUCUACUUUUCUUAAGGUAAACGUUGGUUUCAUUCCUGACUGAACAUUAUUACUUUAACUGCAGUACUCGAGCGCGCUAUUCGCUCCAGCGCAGAAACAAGAAAGAUAAUCCUUUAUAAACCUUUACAGUAUAAACGCUCCUCUAGAGAACGAAAUUGACUGUUAUUCACUGUUGUCUUAAUUCUUUUUGAACAUUCUUUGUGCAGAGAUUCAGGGCAGAGCUUAGCUCCCAUACCUCUUCCCAGUUUGGGUAAGUUUUCAUAUGCUAAUUAUGCCAUUCGCAGGCCUUCGGCGUUUAUGUUCUUCACGUUGCUAUUUCAAGAGAAGAAUGUAGUAUCCGAAAGUAUCCGUUUUUCCGAUCUCGGAGCCAGGAACCUAUGCCUUUUUUAAUUGCCGUUUUUCAGUCGGCAAUGAAAAUUUAUCGAAGCAUUACAUUGAUAGCAAAGUGCUUGAGCUUUUCCGACUCUCAGGAUACCAUGCUAAAUUAGUGCCACACGGCAGUUUGAGGCCGUGUGUUAAGGGUGCGACAAAAUAGCAUCGACCAACGAUUGGUCGGACCCCUUGUGAAGUCUACAUGAGUCGUUGUUCCCCUAAUCACCAGACUGUAAGCUUAUGCCAUAUCUUGUAGGCGUCAUGAGGUGUCCAACCUCUUACAGGUCGACGUUACUUAUUACGGCUGAGUUGUUGGACAGGCGAUGAGCGCAAAUUCGCUUUUCGUUACCAUAACAAUUCAAAUGUUUUGUUUGUUGUGAACCAGGAUUACCCGUUACCAACCAGGUUUCGAACGUCUUGGCCCAGUUUGUUUUAGCAAAACGCAGUUGUUUGCGGAAGCACCGAGAGCUUUUGAUUCUUUAAUUAAGGAGCCUCCUGAAAAUUCAUCUCCUACCUGUGACAAAAGUUUGUUAUGGCCUGAAACAGGUCCCUGCUUAGAACUAAGCGUUGUGUUUUUUUUUUUUUCCGCUAUUGUAAGGUCGUAAGCCUGCGGCUCGGUUGGACAUCAGUGGCACUCCAGGCGUGGAACAACUUCGACCAAUGGAAAGAGAGGUACGUUACUCAUAAGAAUGGAGAGGGGUGUGAAAGCUAUUGGAUGUGUGAAUGGAGAGAAGAGAGGGUGAGGAGAAGGAUAUUAAGGUAACAGGAAGGUGGAACGUGCUACAUCACGAAACAUUCCAAAAUAGGAAGAAGACUACGUACUUUCUCAGAUUUAUCUAUGUCUUAAGCGUUCAUCACAAUCAUCAUCAUCGUCAUCGUCAUAAUUGUUAUCAUCAUCAUCGUCAUCAGCAUUUAAUUUUUUUUAUAAAGCAUGUUAUACAUAUAAGACAGCUUUAAAGCUUAUGUAGACCUGCUACAGCAGUACACACAUAGACACACUCUUGUUUAAUGUUGACCACACUCCUAUUAGGCGGUAUUUACGUCCCCUACUCUUUAAGAACAGCUUUGUGGGUUCUUUUACGUCCCACAAGAAUCAGAGCAGUGAACGAUUUGUGACAGCAGGACAAGGGUUUUUCGUCCUUAUUCGAGAAGACUGGAAUGUCUAAUCGUUUUUAGAACAAAGGUAGCGCAUUCUCCUCACUUAUUUAAAGACCCCGGCUGAGUGUAGUUCCGGCCGGGAUUUGGACCCGCCACCUUCCGCUUGGUUCUUUUGAGGUACCCGCGCGGUUAGCUUUCGUUCAAGAGGGUAGUCAAUCCUGUGCCAGGAAAGAAGAAUCGAAGCGGGAAUUGGAAAUUAAGAACUUCUUUUUGACUGCCACACGUAGUCGACCUUUUUAGUCUCUGUACGUUGUCUCCCAUUCAUUAAUGUCUUAUUUGCCCUUCUCUUCUCCCUUCGUACAGUUAUGUAGCAAUUUGCGGUUGAUGCCUCAAGAUUACCAGAGCUACAAAUCUACCCUAAUAAAGGAAUACGAGAAGCAGGGAUUCCUGAGACUCGCCCAAGCCCGCACACUCAUCCGCAUUGAUGUCAACAAGACUAGAAAGAUGUAUAACUUCUUUUUAGAGCAAGGCUGGAUUAAACAACCCGAUGGAUAACUCAGAAAGUAAAACGAUUUUGGAGUAAUUUUUUUCGAGAAUCACGGUAACUUUUCGUACCACAAGUGUUCUUAAAAUGGACGUCCCGUCAAAAAUGGCAACGACCGUUUACAAAAGGGCAUCGGCAUCACAGUGAUAUUCUUCGGUUUUCAAUAUGCAUAGCCAUAUUUUAAAACUUUUUGAAAGUUCUAAACAUUUACUUGUACAUUUAAACACAGCCUUGUACUGCAAAAGUGAACAUAGUAAAGACCAGUUAAAGCCGUUCAUAAGACCCCAACUCAGUAUUAAUAAGCUGUGCGUGGAGGUUUGUAGUUUAAAACCCUGAUAAAAACGUGUCGGGCUAAUAUUUGCUGAUUUAGUCUCGCAUCUGUUCUAUCCCUUUCAUAUUGAUUCAGACAUUAACUGAAAUCGGUAUAUUUAAGAUUCCUGUAAAUUCCUCGCAGUUAUAGCUGGAGGCAGUUCCUACCCUUUUCCUCGGGCUGUUAACCUGCAAUCAGGCGAUUG